GCCCUGCAACCUGCAACACAGAGUGACGCCAAGUCUGUUCAACUUUACCGGGAAACGUCAGCUGCACAGGUAUGAAGACCCCCUUGAGCCCCACCCAGUUUAUAGAAAAUGGACAGCUGUGCUUUGCCAUCCCUGGCUGUGUGGAGGUAAAGGAGCCCACUAAGGCCAACACAGACAUGCAGCUGCAGCAGGAGAAGAAGAAGCUGCUUUACUCACUGUGUGACGUCUGUAACAUCCAGCUGCACUCCGACGCUCAGGCCCAGGUCCACUACAACGGCAAGUCUCACCUCAAGAGGGUCAAACAGUUGAAUAAUGGAGAGGUGCCCAAAGCAAGCACUAGCUUGGCUCCCACUUCUCUGCAGUCUCUCAGCAGCAGUCAAGGAAGUUCCUGUCACAGCAACACACUCCCCACGCUGGUCCGGACUCCAUCUCUAAUGAUGCAGUCCGGUCUGGACAUGAAGCCUUUCAUGACCUUCCCCAUGGAGAGCUCCUCUCCGGUCGGCCUGUUCCCUAAUUUCAAUACGAUGGACCCUGUCCAGAAAGCAGUAAUCAACCACACAUUUGGAGUCUCCAUUCCUCCCAAGAAAAAGCAAGUUAUUUCUUGCAACAUCUGUCAGAUCCGCUUUAAUUCAGAUAACCAAGCCGAGGCGCACUACAAAGGCAGUAAACAUGCCAAGAAGCUCAAAGCACAGGAGUCACCGAAAAAUAAGCAGAAAAGUGCAGCCGCCCAGGACAGCGGCGCUAAGACAAUCACCAGCACCUCCACCAACACCACCACCUCCUCCUGCACUGCAGUCACUGCCAGCUGCUCUGACCAAACAGAGAAAAGUACAGAGCCGUUGGCUGCGCACAAAGUCCCAGCCUCCCCGCAAGCUUUUGUGCCAGCUCCUGUUGAGCCCGAGGUGGCAUUAGUGCCCAGCCCUUGCAAGACGGCACCCGAGCAUGCCAGCCCACCCACUGAGCCGACAGGACUCGCAGUGGCCCUAAAGAACACCUCCAAACCAGCAGCGUUGCCAACAGCCUCGUCAGAGCCCAGCGUGGAUUCCGAGGAGGAGAAAGCCAAAAAGCUCCUGUACUGUUCGCUGUGCAAAGUGGCUGUCAACUCCCUCUCACAGCUGGAGGCCCACAACACAGGUUCAAAGCACAAAACCAUGCUGGAGGCACGAAAUGGAGCAGGUCCCAUUAAAUCGUACCCCAGAACCGGGUCCAAACUCAAAGUUCAGGCCACACAGCUGAACAAAGGCUCAGGCUUACAGAACAAGACGUUUCAUUGUGAAAUCUGUGAUGUCCACGUCAACUCAGAAAUCCAGCUUAAACAGCACAUCUCCAGCAGGCGGCACAAGGACAAAGUGGCAGGCAAACCCACCAAACCCAAAUACAGCCCAUACAACAAACAGCAGCGCAGCUCCAGCUCUCUGGCAGCCAAACUCGCCCUGCAGAAUGACUUGGUGAAGCCCAUUCCACCAGCCUUCCUCCCGCCUCCCUUCUCCACGACGACAGUCCCACCUAUCCCUCUCCACCCUCGCCCCAACCCCUCUAUUUUCCAGACGGCUUCACUUCCGCACUCGUUUCUCCGUGCCGCUCCCGGACCCAUUCGACCUACUACCGGCCCCAUCCUGUUUGCGCCUUACUGAGCGGCUGGACUUUUGAAACAGUGGUGUAUUUAUUGAAACUUUAUCCUCAACCGUCCUCACCAUCACGAAAACCCAGGAAGGAUGUCGUCUUCGUGAGGACUUUUGCAUUCAAAAAUUCUAAAAAAAAAUGAACAAAAAAAUGGUUUCACUUUAUAUUAAAUGACCUUAACUACAGUGUGCUUAGAUUUAAAUUCAUAAGUUUGUACAUUCACUUAUUAUAUAUUAUAUACACUACCUAACAAAAGUCUUGUUGUUGAUCCCAGUUGUAAGAGCAACAAAUAAUAACUUGACUUCUAGUUGAUCAUUUAGAAAAGUGGCAGAAGGUAGAUUUUUCUGAUUUAUCAUCUGUUGAACUGCAUCUUAAUCAUCACAAAUACUGCAGAAGACCUAUUGGAGCCUGCAUGAACCCAAGAUUUUCACAAAAAUCUGUUAAGUUUGGUGAGGGAAAAUUCAUGGUUUGGGGUUACAUUCAGUAUGGGGCAUGCAAGAGAUCUGCAGAGUGGAUGGCAACAUCAACAGCCUGAGGUAUCAAGACAUUUGUGCUGCCCAUUACAUUAUAAUCCACAGGAAAGGGCAAAGUCUUCAGCAGGAUAGCGCUCCUUCUCAUACUUUAGUCUCCACAUCAAAGUUCCUGAAAGCAAAGAAGGUCAAGGUGCUUCAGGAUUGGCCAACCCAGUCACCAGAAAUAAACAUUAUUGAGCAUGUCUGGGGUAAAAUGAAGGAAGAGGCAUCAAAGAUGAAUCUAAAAAUUCUUGAUGAACUCUGGGAGUCCUGCAAAAACGCUUUCUUUGCCAUUCCAGAUGACUUUAUUUAUAAGAUAUUAGAGUCAAUGCAGCAAUGUAUGGAUGCAGUCCUCCAAGCUCAUGGGAGUCAAACAUGACUUUAUAUUCUAUACAGUACAUUAUUUCUGUUAAGUCACAAGACGUUAGUCAAAGCAAAGUCAAACCUUACUGUUCUAACUAAAUAAUUAAAAAUCAAGGCAUGGUCAUAUUUUAUUUUGGUAAAAUAAGCAUAAUCUAGAGGCCUUUGCCUUUCAUAUAAGCCAACUAUUUGUUGCUCUUAAAACUUGGAUAGGUAAUGAGACUUUUGUCAUGUAGUGUAUGUUCAUGUCUUUAUAUUGUACUUGUAUUUAUAAGCACCAGCACGUAAUUACAUAUCUGAUUAAUUACAUUUAUAAUUACACUGUUGACCAAUUCCUUUCAUCUCAACCCACAGUUAACUCUAGAAUCGCCAUAGAGACUAAAUUAACUAAUAUAGCAGAUUUUCAAUUAACUAUCCAAGGCUGUGUCCCAAUUCGCAUAUACUAUCCAUCCUAAAUAAUAUUCAAAAUUAGUAUGUCCUAAAUAAUAUGUUGAAAUCUGAAGUACAGUACUCUAAGGAGCUCUAAGUCUUUGUGUCUUAAAACAUGAGAUGCAGCGGUUAGGAAUGGUUUUUAAUAAAGCGCACCCUGCUCCCCCAUGUUAAAGUGAGACUUUUAUUUCAGUAUGUUGGUGGACUUCCAACUGAGAUGGAAUAUUGAGUAGAGGCGGUGCUUUCACUUUCACGUCAUUCCAUUGCACAGAUUAAUUAUUCACCUUAAGAAUAAUUUUGUUUUCAGGCGACACGGUGGCGCAGUAGGUAGUGCUGUCGUCUCACAGCAAGAAGGUCGCUGCUUUGAGCUUCGGCUGGGUGGAGUUUCUGUGUGGAGUUUGCAUGUUCUCCCCGUGUUCACGUGGGUUUCCUUCGGGUGCUCCGGUUUCCCCCACAGUCCAAAGACAUUCGGUACAGGAGAAUUGGGUGAACUAAAUUGUCCGUUGUGUAUGAGUGUGUAUGGAUGUUUCCUAGAGAUGUGUUGCAGCUGUAAGGGCAUCCGCUGCGUAAAACAUAUGCUGGAUAAGUUGGCGGUUCAUUCCGCUGUGGCGACCCCAGAUUAAUAUAGGUACUAAGCCGAAUAGAAAAUGAACGAGUGAAUAAAUUUUUAUUUCAAGCAGACUUUAACAUCAAAUUAAGGAGCUGUCAUGCCGACUUUCUACUGUAAACAGAAGCUGUCAAUGCUUGCUCUGCCUCCAAGUUCUUCUGAUUGGUCCACUGCCUUGAAAUUGACAUUAAUGAGCAGCACUGUGUAUAAAAGUAUAAUAUUUUUGAGCAUCCUAAAAAUGCAGUGCUCAUAUGAGAGAUGCAGCAAAAGACACGAGACAUGAGCAUAACGGUAACAAGUGUGUGUUUGCAUAGAAAAACAAUGGAAACGUUGCACAUUGGAAUGGAAAAUCGUGUUCAGUUAUUCCUAAGGGAACAUGAAUUCGAUUAGAACUAGAAGUGUGGGUAAGAUAUCUGCAAACAUGGUGGAAUGCAUGAUACAGACGUUUAACUGGAGAGGCUUCGCUAAAUAUGAUUGUUAAUUAGAUGUCAAAAUAGCAUUCUUAGACGCUAGCUAGACGUUGAAUUUUGGUCACCUGAUAUCACGAACUAAAUCUAACUUAAUAUUAACGUCUCAUGACAUUGUGUGCCUGCUGAGAACCCAUUUCAACCAAUGUGACAACCGUUAUCAGUUUUAGUCACAAACUAAUGCAAUUUAUAGACACCAAACAUUUAUUAGAAGCACAAAAUGCCUUGAGUGAUGGUGUUACGGUCCCCAGUUUAAAUACGACUCAUGAUCACAAUGUAACAUAAAUAACCAACAGCCAAAGUGCUCCGACUAAAUUAUUUAUUAACAUAACAUAACCAGCAAAACAAUCCAAAAUGACAUGAGAUAGGGAGCCCAACAUAAUAAAUAACAACCAAACAAGCCUAAAGCAGGUUGGAACUCCCCACUCCAAACAAAUAUCAAAAGGAAAGUAUAAAGGAGAACACAACAAUAAAGCCGUCAAAAACUGUGGUGGUGUGGAGGAAUGAGGGAUCGCGAGAAGUCCGCUUCCCUCCAUUUUAAAGGCCUGACGCCACCAAAUCAACAAUAGAAAACUGAAAAGGGAAAAAAGACCAACAAAGAUCAAUUAAAAGUAAUAAUUAUGAGCAGAAGUGAACGCCACACGCAACAGAUGGUAACAAGGAUUUCAGGACACGAGACAUUAUUUUGGGAAGACAGUGGCGUUAUAUAGUGUCUAAUUUAAACGAUUUAAAAACAGUAGAUUAAAAGAGCAGUCAUGUACAUGGGUACAUUCUAACCGAUAGUGUUUUUAAGUAGGUUUACAACAACACCUGGUGCUUCUAGUGUUAAAAAUAUCCAUCCAUGUUUCCAUAACACAGUAAGUACAUUGCUUUUAUUUUUUGAUUUAGAUACAUGUUAGUUAAGGGCACGUGAUAUAAAGUGGAACCAAAAAAAAAAAGUGUUGAACUGCUUCCUGAAAGACUUGAAUUAUCGUGGUCUUCCUUUUUAACUCGAUUCAACUCAACCAACCAUGGACAAGCACACGUCUUGAGGCGCUGUCGGAAACAAUCCCAGAUCUCACCAUAGGUGUUCAGUCAGAGGCUUGAUGUUGUCAGGGAGCCUGUGAUGCAGUUUUUUGGCCCGUGUGCUGUCUUGUAUCGUGUAGUCAAUAAGCUCAAUCACCAGUACUUCAGUGCCGUCCACUUUUUUUUUCCCCCUUUUCUCUAACUGGAAACAGUGUUUUUCUUCUCCAUGUGUGUUCGGCUUCCUCCUUUUUUUGUCAUAUAAAUAAAUUCAACCCGUUUUCAUCACAAAACGAACUCUAUUUUUAUUUUGUGUGUGUAAUAGGAAACUGUGGGCCUUUCACCUCUCUGUGAUUUCCUUAUUCGUCAUGAGACUUGCAGAUCUCUGACGAUGCAAUAAUGUAUAGAUCGUUAAAUAUUGAUAUUCUCCAUAGUGUAUUUAAUGUUUACCUACCAGGUUGCAAUACUAGUUGUAUUUUAUGAGCUGGGGGAGGCACUAAGAGAACUAGGUACAUUAUUUUUAGAGAACAAGAACGAACAAUUUCCAUUCACUGAGAACUUCUUUAUUUGACUGUGGAAUUUCAUAGUCCAUAUAUAAAUAUAUGUAUGUAUGUAUGAGAGUCUGUACAUAAAGAAACUACAUUUUCAAUAAAUAAUAUAUUUAA